AUGGACGACAGCCAACGCAGCGACGUCACGUACGUCCUGCACAACUCCACCCUGUACCUCCUACUGUACGCAGUAGUGCAGCUGAGCCAAUACCUCCUCCAUAUGGUGUGGACUAACAAGCUAGUGAAGGCGUACUUGCUCAAGUACCACCGGAAAAUUAAAAAAUCCUACUGCCAGUACACAAAGUCACCAGAGUACCAAGACAUUACGAACAAAAUAGAAAAUGUCAAAAAAAAAAUAAAAAAAUACAAAAAACUUAUAGAAGCAAAUAAAAAAUCAAACAAAAAUAUGAAUGAAUACGACUUGUUAAUAUUGAAUGGAAAAUAUACGAGGAAGGUUUUGAAGGAAGAGAAAAAUAUGAAUGAUUUGAAAAAUUUAUUGGAGCAGGAAACCCAAGGGGAUUACUUGUUCCACACAUGUGAUGUCAUUUCAUCCUUCGUCACCUCCACCAGUGCAUUUGUCAAUAUCGUCCGAACACAGAUAACGGUCGCCCUGCUGUUCCUCUCCCUAAAGUAUCUCUCCUGCAAGAACGCCCAUGUGCCGUACGUACCAGCCGAGACAGAUCUAUGGUUCGGAGAGCACUUCAGAGUCGUUUCCACAGAACCAUGCGCCCAAAACCUGAUCAAUUUGCUCUACGGGUAUAACACCGCCCACCUGGUCUUCCUCACACUGCGGCAAAACAUCUCCAGUUUGUUUGUGAAAUCAGAGGCAAAGUUAAAAACGGCUUAA